AUGGAGCUCAGCCAGAUGUACAAGAAGAAGAAAAACCGGUGGUCGAUUUCCAAAAUCGAACUGCUCAUCGAUCUGUGGGCCGAGCAUUACCGUGAGCUGAAAUCGUGCCGACGGAAUGACCACGUCUUCGUGAAGAUGAAGCACAAGCUGGAGAAGAGCGGAUGCAAGGUUACGGUGGAAGACAUUCGGAUCCGGAUCAAUAACCUUUCUGCCAAGUACAGAAAGGAAUCGAUGCUGACGCUGUCCGGUGGAUCGCCUUCGCGUUGGCCACUGUUCAACAAGAUCCACAACAUCCUAAGCAACGAUGCCGGCGGUCUGGAUGAAACGGUCGAAACUCAGGAAGAAAGCAUGGAAGAGACACCAGAGAGCAAAACUAAGGUGUACCAGCUGAAAUGCAACUACAGACACGAAAAUAUUGACAACUUUUUCACCGAUUUGUACUUCAACCCACGUUACGCGGAUGUAACAUUGGUUACCUGUCACGAUGGUGAAACAUUCGCCAUUCCAGCUCAUCGUAUGGUGCUGGGAAAUUUCAGUAUGUAUUUUGCAAACAUUUUUGACAAACUGAACGUACCGCAAAACUCCAACACGUACAUUGUGUUGCCGGGAAGCAUAUCGCACCAGACGAUGCAGAUACUGAUGCAGUACAUGUACACCGGCCAAUCAUCCGUACCAGAGUACAACGUGGACGAUGUAUUGCGCAGCGGGGAGCUGUUGAAAAUUCGAGGCUUUUGGAGCGAAAGCCGAGCAGGAAGUCAGCAGCAACAGUCGUCGAGUAUGGGCAACAAACGUCGUGCACCGGGUGCCGAACCUCGCAAGAUGCACUAUCGUCAACCAGGUACCUCAUCGCAGGAAAGUAGCGAACCAAGCCGCUCGACUGCUGGCAGGUCAGCGCUCACAUCCGAGCUGCAGACGGAGAUGGCUUCCGAUUCUGGUACAUCCGCGCUGGAUGCGUUGGAUGAGCAGAAACGUCUUGCUAUAGCGGCGAUCCAACGUGAUUUGCAUGCUAGUUCGAUGCGUGCGAUGGCUCAUGGUGCGGCUGCACUGUUCAGCAGCAGCCUCUCGGAUGUAAAGCAAGAACCGACCGAAUGGGACGAUCUGGAUGACGACAACGAUUCGGACGAAGAUGUUAUGAUUUUGCCAGAAGAAGCGGUUAAACCGAAGCAGGCCACGGACGGGAAACCAAAGCCAACGGCGCAAACCUCACAGGGAUCGGAACAUUAUUCUCUACAGCACCAACAACAACCCCAGCUGUUGGUUGGACAAGGGCCUGAAAACAACGACCGUCAGCAGCUGCAGGAACAAUCUCACUCAUCGCACCAGCAACAACCAAUAGAAUCCUCUUUGCCCUGUGAUCUGUGCAGCUCGUACUUUACAAGCACCGACCAUCUGCUGCAGCACAUCAUCAGCUCCCAUGGUGACGCUUCGGAAGUGCUGCGCAAACGGACCAGAAUGGCAGAAGAAGAAACUCCACUAAACAACAUGCGUUGUGACUUUUGCGGGAAGUUCUUCACAUCGGCGGUUGAUUGGGCCCAGCAUGUUCUGCAGGUUCACAACGAUCGUACCGCAGAGCUACAGCAACAAAUGGCCCAGUUUUCUGAAGAGCUGAUGCCCAGUAUUAGCAAAAUUCGUUCCAUCGCAUCAACAAGCUCGGCAGACUAA